GUCAAAUCGAUGAACCAAACGCCUGCUUUGAAUCGAAGCGACUAUCCAGACAUCUCGGCCAAACUUUCCACAGAAGUCCGAUUCGCGCGCGAAAUAUACGUCGCGCUUGAUGAGAAAGAACGUCGCUUGUCGGGGGAAAAUUAUGCCCGUGUUCCAACUGGUCAAACAGGUGGAAUGAAGGGAACCCCUGUUAACCAUCGUAGAUAGCAAACUACAAAAGCAGAAGUCAAUCGGUUACCAGUCAAUCGUAUCACAGAAACAAUCACACAAACAGAAAUAUUGUGACCAGUUUGCAACUGUAGUCUACUGACCCAGCCUUGCCAGGCUACAAGCGCGUGGGAGAUUAAAUAUCUCGAAUACGUUUGACACAGGCCUCAGCAAAGACUCGGACGAGUCACAUCUUUGUGUAUUACACUCGUGGACGAGUGUCACCGCGCGUAGUCCAAUGACUAUGGAGGAUAGUUAUUGCCGGAAGCCCCCAAAAAUAAUUGGGAAGGCAAGCUGCGGGCAAAAUGGAAGUCAAAAUAGGAGAAUGAGUGUGUGUACAGGCUGCCAGGAACCGAUCGAAGACCGAUUUGUGAUGAAAGUGAUGGACGAACCAUGGCAUGAAAGCUGUUUACAAUGCUGUAUAUGUAGGAAUACUCUAUCACGGUCAUGCUUCAGUAAAGACAGGAAACUGUACUGUCGGACAGACUAUGAAAAGAUGUACGGUACAAAAUGUAGUGGCUGCAAGACGACCAUCCCAGCAAACGAGUUUGUGAUGCGAGCAUUAGGAAAUGUGUAUCACAUACAAUGUUUUAUGUGCACCAUGUGUGGUCAUCGUCUUGAAAAAGGGCAGGAAUUUGCGUUAAAAGAUAACAAAUUAUACUGCAAGGAUGACUAUGGAAAACUUCCAACAAAAGGGUCAUCAAAUAGUCCGCCACAUAAGCCUCAACAAGAGAAUGUAAUUAAUAACAAUUUCAAGAAUGAUAAAGAGACAAAAUUGGAGAAAGCGGACAAUUCAGACUCUGACGAUUCAUCAGUAAUUGGUGAUGAUGAAAAUGACGAUAAAAAAGGACCAAAGAGACCACGAACAAUACUCACAAGUCAACAAAGAAAAAUAUUCAAAUCCGCCUUUGAAAUUAGCUCCAAACCUUGUAGAAAGGUCAGAGAAGAGCUUUCAAGAGAAACAGGGCUCAGCGUUCGUGUUGUGCAAGUCUGGUUUCAAAAUCAGAGAGCCAAGAUUAAGAAACUUGCGAGAAGGAACAAUCCGGAGUCUGAUGGCGCAGCAAGUUGUAGAGUCAGUAAUAGACAAAGGAGUCUUAAAAAAAGUAAAGACGGGAAAUCGUCAAGUCCAAGAGAUAAAAGGCGAGCCGAUAGAGAUAGUUUAGAUCUUCCUCCAUCACUAUCCCCUCCCCCACAACUCCAGGGAUCUCAACCCCCUCCCUAUGGAAUGCUUCCGCCUCAAUAUCAACAUUUGCAAAAUCAUAUGGGACCAAUGAUGGCACCACCGCAGUUCCAACCUCCUUACCAAGGACCACUUAACCAUAUGGACUCCGGGGAGAUUCCUAUGGAUCAUGGAAUGCAAGCUAUCGAUGAAUGUAUGAUGCGGCCGCAACAGUUUAACCCCGGGGAUAUGGGUGGAUAUCCCACCACUACAAAUCACAAUGGUCAGAAUCACUUAGAACUUAUGCAUGACAUGAUUAAUUCAUUCUAAUUUAUCACAAUUUUGAAGCAUAUUGUAUCGCAUUAUUGGCAAUGCCUCCUUGUUAGUAACUACAUAGAACACUUUCAAUAUUGCUGGUAGUUUAGAAUGUACUAUUCGUUAGGGCUGAGGUUUAUUUGUAUUUAUUUAUCGUUGUUGCUAAAUAUCGUGACACUUCUUGAAAACAAUUUCGAACAAAUAGGUUUGCUUUUCUGAAAAAAAUUACAUUUUUUCUUAACUUUUUUCCACUGAAAAAUUUUCAUUUCACACCCGUAAUUGUACAUGUCGAGUCAUGAUCAAGAAAACGAUAAAAUAGUUAUUUCUAUUUUGCAAAAAAAUUUAAGGAAAGUUCACGAGUUAUUUUUCAGUAAGAUAAAAACAUAAGCUGUAGGCUUAAAAGUCGUCACACCUUAUAUCGCUGGUUACCACUCACUCUCUUGCAACCUCUUGCUUAUCUGAAGAAUUAAAUAGGUCUCUUUUAAAACAAAAUUCAAAGGAGUAAGUCAUAGUAUUAUAAUUACUUCUGAAUACUUUCCGUACCAAUGAAAUAUUAAACGAACAAGUCGUAAAUCUUUUUUUAACCGAAAAUCAUGGCCUAAGUAUGAACAGUUCUUUGCUUGUGAUUUGUGGAGACUGCUAACACUUUCCUACCCGCAAAAAUCACCUUUUACGUGCAGAUGUCGAGUUAUACUUGAGGAAAAUUAAAAAAAAUAAAAUAUUUGCCUAUUAAAUGUAAUUGUGUUUGAAAGCCUUUUUGUUUUACAAAAUACUGAAACCUUUUUGAUAACUUAUUUGCAAACAAACAUACUGUUCAUCGCUAAUUUUUGGCCGAGUAACUGACAGAAGAAGAAACUUGACUAGGAUUACUGAACUUCAGGUCUUGCACGUUGCAUUAAUAUUGUCAAGAUGAAAACUACUGUUUCUUUUCUUACUGAGACAGUCUCACAAUCCUUUCUGAAAAAUAACAAAUUGCGUUGAGACAUGUUACGGGAUCAUAACUAUUAUUUAAGAAAGAUUAAAAUUAUUCAUACUCUGAUGUAGCUUUUUUUCCACAUAGUCUAAAUAUCCUUUCAGAAUUAGCCUCGUUUGCGCUCUACUGAUUCAAAAUUUCUCAUUUUCUUUGCCCAUAUGAAACAGAGGUCUGCUCAAGAACACUAGCCUAAUAUCCGAAAUUGUUUUGUUACAGAUUCAGACGAUGCUGCUUCACAUUGGUUCAACGCAUAUUUAUAGCAGUUGCAGACUUUUGCGUCAGUUUGAAUAAUACUUAAAUCUUCCAUCCUUAAACUCGCCAAUUCUCAGUUAGAUAAUGCCAUGUAUUUCCUGAAAAAGCAGUUGAGAUUUAAAUAAUUAACCGGAUAAAUAUUGGUGGUUUCUACUUACUGGUCUACUUACUUUUUGACAAAGUAUAAAAUUUAUAAAGAAGAGUCUGAUUUUGCUCUCUUUUGAGAAUAAAAGGGUGAAAGCGCUGAUUAGUUUUUCACGAGUAGUAAAGUGGUAUUAAGAGUAGUUAGGAAAUCUUUUGUCUUUAUCUAAGAAAGGUUACUAAGAGUGCAAUAGUCAAGCAUAUAAAAACUUAGCUCUCAAGAUUGAAAAUGAAUUUCGACUUAAAUCUGUAGUACAUUACCUUAGAAAUACCUUAGAUUUUAAGUUCCUGCCAUGGAAUUACCUCCAGGCUUAUUAGUAUGACAUUUCUCCUCACUUGUAUGGUAAACACUGCUCUAUAAUAAUGAGGAGGAUUCGAUUCUUUAUCAAUCUUGGGAGUUAAAGGUUUAUCAUAGGAAGCCUAGAAUCACUAAAGUAUUAAUCGGCUUAUUUAUUAACAUCACUUCCUCGAAGGCUUCUUAUUACUAGGAGCGGGGUGGUGUGGCGAGGAGGGGAAAGCGAAGGAUAUCCCAAGUCUUAUGCGAGACGCGAGUUUGUGUUAAAUUAAAGAGAGUUGGUGUUGUAUUCAGGAUGUCUUUCAUUCUCAUAAUUUAAACAGUAUUGACUUGUUGUUGUAUGAUAAAGAGAUAUAGUAUGAUGUAAAUAAUAUCCAAAAAGGCAAAAAGUGAGCCUUAAUUUCUUGUGCUCAGUAACGUGUACAGAACAUUAAGAUGAAGAAAAUAAA